AAUUUACGAGUGUUUUGUUAAAAAUAAAUGUCCUGUUCCUAACCAUUGGAAUGACUUUGAAUAAUACAUUUUUUUAAUGCAGUGAAGGAAUGGAUUCAAGAAGUCAUCCAUCAAAGAGAAAAGAACCAUCAACACAAGUUCCUCAACAAGGAGAGCCGGUCUUGGAUGAUUCUAGUGUUUGCAAAAAGGCACGGUUUUCAGCAUCUGUUGAAGAAGUAAUCCAAAGUGAUCAAGUUCAUAAUACACCAAGCUGUAGCAAUGAUGAACACUAUUUGACAGAAAGGGUGAUAAAUCAUGAAAGAAAUGUGGAUUCAAGUGAUAUUGAAAGUGAUGAUUCUGCAGAUACAAGUGUGGAAAGUUUACAUGGAAAUCAAGUACUUCUUUUCGCAGACAUCGACAUCAGCACCAAUUUUCAUCAGAAUCCACGCAGAAGCAUAGAGAAUGAUAUAUUUGAUACACCAACUUCUCUGCGUCAUGCUAUUGGACAGAAUGCCAAUACAACACCCCAAAGAACUCUAAAUAGAGACAGAAAUACUUACAAUUUACAGAAAUGGCAGAGUAAACAUAUUGCGAAAUCAAUUGUUGACAAUGCCAUUAACAUGACUCUAGAAGAAAUGGGAGUGUCUCCAGAAACAGAGGCAGACACAUUUAAAAGGGAAAAAACAGAAAUUGAAACAUUUGGAAUCUCUCAUGCUAUCCAGUCACAGGGACUCUCACCACAAACGGAUAAUCCUUUAAUCCCAUCCUCUUCUAGUACGGGUUUUUCAAGCCUGGGAGAGGGUACAAUCCCUAGAUCUGAUAGACAAUUUUCAUCUGAUCCACAACCUAUUGUUAUUCAAGUGAAUGAGAGAGAUUCAACCUUGGAAGAUUCAGCUCUGCAAAAUACUGAUCAGAGCAGUCUUAUUAAUCAGGCCGUUACAAUGGCAAUUUGCUCACAAGGACUCAUUAUGAAAAACAGUUAGAAAAAAAAAUCUUUUUAUUUUGCUAGUUGUUGUUCUCUUUCAGUUAUUUUUUUUUUUAAUGAAAUAUCUCAUAAGUAGGAAAACUUGUAUUUAUUUAUUUAUUUAUUUUUUUUUUUUCUGUCAAUGAAGUGCAAUUUAAAUGUAUAACAUUUGAUCAAAGUCAAUACAAAACAAAAAGAAGAAAAAACAAAUUGUUUCUUUUCAAUUUAUUUGUCUUACAUUUGUGGAAAAAAAAUUAAAUAAGUAUCUUUCUAGAAACUUUAAGGAUCAUGCAAAAUUAUGAUUUUUUUUAAAACAUGGCUGUUGUACAGCCAAUAACUUGAGAAAAAUGCAAGUACCACUGUACUAGAGAAGCUAUUAUAUGUAUGUACAUGUAUUUAUUGGAUGAAAAAAUGUACAUCUAAACAUUUUGACAAGAUAUCCUCAAGUUGUAACAAUGGAUUAAAUCCAUUAUUCUUUGAUAAAUGAAGGUGUGUGUGUA